UCUUCGGGCCUGGUCUCCACCAGCUACGCAGCCCGACGGUGGCUGCCGCCAUUUUGACGGCGGGCGGAGCGGGGUCUGGGAGCGGAGGCUGUGCGGUGUCUGGAAUACUUGACAAGGAAAGAUUUUGCGUCUGUCUUCUCUAGAAAUGGCCAAUGUGCUCUGUUACAGAGCCAGACUGGUUUCCUACCUCCCAGGAUUUUGCUCUUUAGUUAAAAGAGUUAUCAGUCCAAAAGCCUUUUCAACUGCAGGAUCUUCAGGUUCUGAUGAGUCUCAUGUAGCUGCUGCACCUCCAGAUAUAUGCUCUCGAACAGUGUGGCCUGAUGAAACUAUGGGACCAUUUGGACCUCAGGAUCAGAGAUUCCAGCUACCCGGGAACAUAGGUUUUGAUUGUCAUCUCAAUGGGACUGCUUCACAGAAGAAAAGCCAGAUUCAUAAGACUUUGCCUGAUGUUCUAGCAGAACCUCUCUCAACUGAAAGACAUGAGUUUGUGAUGGCACAAUAUGUGAAUGAAUUUCAGGGUAAUGAUACACCUGUUGAGCAAGAAAUCAACAGUGCAGAAACUUACUUUGAAAGUGCCAGAGUUGAGUGUGCAAUCCAAACAUGUCCAGAGCUGCUGCGAAGAGAUUUUGAGUCACUUUUUCCAGACAUGGCUAAUAGCAAACUGCUGGUUCUAACUGUGACACAGAGAACUGAGAAUGACAUGACUGUUUGGAGUGAGGAGGUGGAGCUUGAAAGAGAAGCACUCCUAGAAAAGUUCAUUAAUGGUGCUAAGGAAAUAUGCUAUGCUCUUCGGGCCGAAGGAUAUUGGGCUGACUUUAUUGACCCAUCAUCUGGCUUGGCAUUUUUUGGACCAUAUACAAACAACACGCUUUUUGAAACAGAUGAGCGCUACCGGCAUUUAGGGUUCUCUGUUGAUGAUCUUGGCUGCUGUAAAGUGAUCCGUCACAGCCUCUGGGGUACUCAUGUCGUUGUGGGAAGUAUCUUCACUAAUGCAGCUCCGGACAGCCACAUCAUGAAGAAGCUGAGUGGAAACUAGUUUCUAGUGGUGACAUUUUAUUUGCAGUACUGUGUUUAUCAUAGAUUGAUCUAUAUAAACUGUCAAAGACCUCAGCUUUUACAGUAUACUAAUUUCUGGGUAUUUAUUUCACCAUUUAUGGAUUUACAACAUUGACAAGUGACUUGGGAUUUAAAAUUGCAAAUGUUAAUUCAUAUUCUUGAGUACAUGUUGAAUAUAUCCACAUUCUACAGAGUGUGAUCAUUAGCAUGUAACCAGGGUAUGUAUAACCUCUUACUGUUAAUUCUCUCCCCUUUAUUAGAAAAACCUUAGUUUUAAUUAUUUUUUUGGAAAAAUAAAUCAGACAUUUGGCUAUGAUAACUUGUGUCUUUAUUGACAUAUUUCAAAUAUAGUUCUUAAAUAUGUUAAAGCUACAGAGUUAAGUUUUUUGAAUAAUCCUUGAUAAUUCUAGGUUCACUGUAGACUUUUCCAAAAAUCUUUUUCUUAACUGUUAAGCUAACUGACACUAGUUUGAAAGUUACUUUGCAACAAUGUGUCAGCAGGAAAAAUAAAUAAAUAAAAGUAGUACAUCUUUUUAUAUAAAAGUAUAUUAAUCUCAUUCUUACACUGAAAAAAAUUCUUAGCCCUUUAAUGAGACAGUUAAAUUUUUUUUAAUGAGAUUGUAUCUCAGCUACCAAAUCCCAUUUCUCUAACUCCAUUAAUUUACAAAGGUGCCUCAUUUCUCUUUUAAUUUACAGAGCUUAUUUUUAUACCGUUACAAACUUUAAAAGAACUGUCUUUCAUUGGUGAGGCUUCUCCCAAUAACUGACAUAUCGCAGGAAAAAAGAAACUUCCGUCAGAUGAGUUAAAUGAAAUGAAACUUUUUUAAAUUGUUACUUAUUAUUAUUGAGUGUAUGAGUGCUAUGACAUACAUGUGGAGGUCUGAGGAGAAUUUUAUGAAGUUGAUUCUCUCCUUCCACCUUUGUGUAGGUCCUGGGGAUUGAAUUUAGGUCAUCAGGCUUUUACAGCAAGUAGUUUACACGCUGAGUCAUCUCAUUAUCCCAAAAUGAACCUUUUUUAAAUGAAAUGCCUAUGUUUAAAACAGAAUUUUUUCUAGAAUGCUAUACUUUCUUAUUCUCCCUUUAUACAUUAAGAAACCAACUAUUUUAAUCACAUCUUGAUUUGUAACUUGGCUUAUUUUUUGUAUAGGUCAACAUUUCAUUGCUUAUGGUUCAAAUAAAGGCUAGAAAAGUUUUACUGUGAAAAAGAUGAAGUAGUGAUUCCCAUAG